AUGGCGGGCCCAGUUAAUGCAUCCUCUGCCUACCACCCGUGCCCUAUAGAGUCCCCUGCUGUGCAUGACAAGCCUCAUACUAUAGAACGUCCAGCUAACAGCUGGCAGAACGAUGAUGCAAAGAUAUGUGUAGUUAUGGUUGGCCUUCCGGCCCGGGGGAAGAGUCUUAUUGCUGGCAAAGCACUACGUUAUCUCUCAUGGAUCGGUAUUCCCGCAAAGAUCUUUAACGUUGGGCAGUACCGCCGACAAGACACCCCUCGGCCCACAGCGGCAUUCUUCGACAAAUCCAAUCCCGAUGGGGAACGGUUACGCCGGGCAGCGGCUGAAGCUGCAGUCACAGACAUGCUUCGCUGGUUCUCAACGACCGGCGGCCAAGUCGCCAUCCUUGAUGCAACCAACUCGACAAAGGAACGCCGCAAGUGGAUCCGUGAUGUGUGCCAGGCUGCUGGGAUUGAGCCGCUGUUUGUUGAGUCUAAGUGUGAUGACAGGGAACUUAUCAUGAGCAAUAUCAGAGAGGUCAAGACAACUUCUCCAGACUAUGUUGGACAGGACCCAGAAAUUGCCGCACAGGAUUUCAUGAAGCGGAUCAGCAACUAUGAGAAGGUAUACGAAACUAUAGACGAGGACGAGGAUGUAUCGUACAUCCAGCUCAUCAACGUUGGGACAUCCGUGGUGAUCAACAAUAUCAAGGACUACCUGUCUAGUAGACUGGUAUACUAUACCAUCAACCUUCACAUUAAACCCAGAUCUAUCUGGCUAUCCCGGCAUGGUGAGUCUGAGUUUAACCUCUCAGGCCAAAUAGGCGGAGACGCCAACCUGUCUAGCCGCGGCGAAGCGUACGCCCGAGCCUUGCCCUCUCUCCUGAAGGAAUCUGGGGUACCCCCUGGCACCAAAAUAGUCAUCUGGACCUCGACAUUAAAACGCACUAUCCAAACUGCCCGUUUCCUCCAGGCAGAAACAGGCUAUGACAAACUAGAAUGGAAAGCCCUUGACGAACUUGACUCGGGAGUCUGCGAUGGCCUCACCUAUGAGGAAAUCGCCGAAAGAUACCCUGAGGACUUCAAAGCCCGUGACGACGACAAAUACAACUACCGCUACCGGGGCGGAGAAUCAUACCGUGACGUAGUCAUCCGUCUUGAACCAAUUAUAAUGGAACUCGAACGAAGCGAAAACGUCCUCAUAGUCACUCACCAGGCUGUACUUCGCUGCAUUUACUCUUACUUCCUAAACAUGUCUCAAGAGCAGAGCCCGUGGAUGGAGGUGCCUCUUCACACGCUGAUUAAGCUUACCCCUCGCGCUUACGGGACCGAAGAGAAGAGAUUCAAAGCAAGCAUCCCAGCCGUCUCGACCUGGCGCGGUAAAGGAUCGUCUGCAAAACAUCAGGAGCCAGCUAGUCUUCCUGUAGCUAAGUAA